AUGAUUCCCACACCGGUAUUGUUACUCUUGGCGAGUGCCGUGCAAUCAUUUGCACUUGUCUCGUUUGCUCCUCAAUAUGCUCCAAGCUAUGGCCUCUCCGGAGCCCUUUUCGCUUUCGCAGUCUUGGACUCCGUGAUAUGGCUAAUCUACAUCCUUUUCAUCUAUCCAAACUUUGUCAGUGCGCUUCGGGAUCUCCCACUUGCACCGGGCGCCCACCCGAUCUUGGGCCAUGUCAUGGCUCAAUUCUGCAUGCCCCGAGGCUCGGUAUAUGACAAGUUCACAAAGGAAAUCCCUAACGAUGCCUUCGCCGAGGUCCUGGUCACCCAGUCAUACGAUUUUCCCAAGACCGAAAAGGGACGAGCGUUUCUAAGGUCGGUCAUUGGCGAUGGACUUGUCGUUGCCGAGGGAGCACAGCAUAAACUUCAGCCCAAACAUAGUCUGCCUAGCUUCGCCUUUCGCCAGAUCAAAGAACUUUACCCCUUGUUUUGGACCAAGGCCGUGCAGAUGACCCACGCCAUCGACAAACAGGUCUUCAACCAACAGCGCCUGAUCGGCGACUCUAAGCCACCCACAGCUGGGCUCGGCCGCGACUUCAACUCCCUUGAACACUCCGAGGACAAGAUCGUGCGACUGUAUGAGGAACUUACUUCACUCACCCCGCAGGUACGCAAUCUCGCUAUGGCGUACUUGAUCCUCGGCGAGCGCGUGGCCAAGGUCCUCCUACCGCGUACGGCGUAUAAUCAGAUUCGCACGGUGCAGCAGUUGAGAUUGCUGUGUCAGAAUUUCGUGCAGGAGCGGAGAGUACAGAUCCAGAGCGAGGAGGUAAAGGGGGAGAAGUCGGUGGGUAGUCUGGCCCAACUCAUCAAGGCGGGCGUUUUCACCUCCUGCUGGUGA